AUGGAACAAAACAAAGGACAUCAACUUGUAAAUUUAUCAUUUUUAUUACUCGGAUAUAUUGUUGAUAGAUUACCAAACAUUGACAAGAUAUGUUUUAGUUUAGCAUGUAAAAGAUGGUUUGAAAAUAAAGAUCGUUAUCUAAUAUUCAAUGUAGAUGAUAUUGGCAUGAUCGACAAUGAACAAAACAAAACAUCUAGCUUUCAUUUGAAAUCAUAUCAAUCAAUCUAUUUGAAAUCACACCAAUUGAGAACCAAUUUAACAUUAUUUAUUGGCAAAAAAAGCUGUUGUCCUCCAACUAAUCUAUAUUUAGAUAAUGAUAUUCUGAAUACACUUGAUUCACUUCAACCUAAUAUAACAUCUGUUAUGAUCGAUGAGACGAUCAAUCACAAUAUGCAAACAGUAGAGAUCGACUCUUAUCAUCUUUGUAGACUUCUUUCCACUUCCAACGUUACAGAGUUGCGUUGUUGUCGAACGCUGACAGGUAAAUUACCUGAUAGUAUCAGAGUAUUAUCUUUCUACAAUGACUUUAAUGAAGUUGUAAAGAGAAAUAGUCUACCUAGUGGCCUUAAAGUAUUGGAGUUGAAAGAUCCCUUUAAUAAACCGAUAGAUGUUGGUAUUCUACCUGAAGGUUUGGAGCGGGUUGAAUUUGGUCGUCGCUACUCUCACCCGAUUGGACCUGGCAUUCUUCCUAGGACUUUGAAACACUUGGAUUUGGGAGGAAACCUAUCCACACUUUUAGCGGGAUCACUUCCACCGAAUCUUGAAGUGCUGAUAUUCUCCUCUGCCAAGGACCAACCAAUUAUUUCACUACCAACAUCGCUACACACCAUCUAUUGGCUACCUGCCACAUUUAUUCCAUCGUUAGAGAAACUCCCAAAUCUAACCACUCUCACAACCUAUGAAGGCACUGGGCUAUCAGGGGUUAUUAAUGAUCUUCCACCGACACUGACAGACCUAACAGUCGGGCGAAAGUACCAAUUGCUCUCAGCAAUGCCACCAUCGAUCCGAUAUUUAAAUCUAGAUCGUUGUACGUAUGAUUAUGGCCAGUUGUUCCCAGAGACAACACAGUAUCGAUUGCAACAGUUGGUGGCACAAAGAUUCCCAGCACAAAAGCCGAACCUACAGAUAUUGAAUCUCAUGUUGAUGCGUGGAGUUAAUAAUCCAACCUUUACAGAAGGAGCGGAAUCUUUGGAUAUGACCUUUAAUCUUCAUAAUACACUUAGUGCCAAAGCGGUACCGAAAUCAAUCAAACUUUUGAAAAUGUAUAGUAUGGAUAGCCUCGACAGUAUUCCAACAUCAAUUGAAACACUGGAGAUUUUCAAUCGUUGGAAAUCCUUAUCAAAACCAUUACCACCAGCACUUCGAAACAUUGUAUAUAUAGAAGUAUCAGGACUUAAACGUUGUGACAUCAGAAGAUUGGAUGAUAAUUGUUUCUUAGUAAUAGGUCAACCACCAAUGAUGAAAUCCUCUAAAAAAUUUCCAUAUGGCUAUACAAUGGCAAUGUUUAAUCAAUCAGAAUUCAAAGAUAGAUUUUAUCAAACCAACAAAUGA